GCGCCGUACAAGUGUGAGCAACGCGCAAGCGACUGUCCUUUUCUGUUUCCUGCGAGGGACAGUCGACAGUCUCAGCCUGAGAACUGAGACGCAGCAGAGCCGUUAAAGCACAGAGAAAGUGACACAGGGGGGGAGUUACCAUGUCUGGAAAUAAAGACAGCGACGGAGGAUGGAAGAAUUUUGUGUGGAAUUCGGAAAAGAAGGAGUUUCUGGGGCGCACUGGAGGCAGCUGGUUUAAAAUCCUCUUGUUCUAUGUGAUUUUCUACGGAUGCUUGGCUGGAAUUUUCGUUGGGACCAUUCAGGCAUUGCUGCUAACGUUAAGUAAAGACAAACCCACCUAUCAGGACAGAGUUGCUCCCCCAGGUCUGUCACACACCCCACGCUCAGACAAAUCUGAAAUUUCUUUUACGAGGAGUGAUCAGAGUUCAUACAGCAAGUAUGUCCAAAGCAUGAACGAAUUCCUUGAGAUGUACAAUGACACAAAGCAGAAUGGGGACCCCUACGAAGACUGUGGAAAGUUUCCUGGCACGUACAAAGAUCGAAGUAUGGAAGAAAAUAAGAAAGUCUGCAAGUUUCUUAGGUCUUGGCUGAACAACUGCUCAGGCACAGACCCUGAUUAUGGCUUCAUGGAGGGGAACCCAUGUGUUAUCAUCAAGCUCAACAGAAUUGUCAACUUCCGCCCAAAGGCUCCUUCAAACAACUCAUUACUAGAAGAACUGCAGGCAAAAAUUACCCCUAACGAGAUCCCCAUUUACUGCAAGCCUAAGAGAGCUGAGGAUAUAGGCCAGAUCGAAGAGAUAAAGUACUAUGGGAUAGGCCAAGGCUUUCCUCUGCAGUACUACCCAUAUUACGGCAAACAGCUGCACCCCAACUACCUGCAGCCCUUGAUGGCCGUUCAGUUCGUCAAUGUGACGGUGGGAAAGGAGAUCCGCAUCGAGUGCAAAGCAUUCGGAGACAACAUCGAUUACAGCGAGAAGGACCGCUACCAGGGACGCUUUGACAUAAAGCUCACCGUGUCGUGACCUGAGCUACAGGGAGCACUCAAUUUGAAAACGAAUACAACUUAGAGAAAACAGUUCAGAUAAAAACCACCACUAGUCUUUGAACAUUCAUAAUAUACAGGACCUACACUUAAUCCGUGUGCUUUACACUAGCUUUUCUGUGUGUUCGUCGAGGGUUAGAAUGUAAAAUACAAAAGUAGCAAUAGCAAAUAUUUAUUCUACUGUACAUGAAAAGAUUCCUUGAGCCAUGGGAAACGUUCAUCCAUUUACUGUAAAACGGCAAUUCCACUACUGAUGUGUAGCGAGUUGUUUUCUGUCCCGAAAUACUUCACCCUUACGUGGUUUCUAUAUAUUUUUGGAGUGUCCAGUGCUGUAGUCUAGUCCCAGCUGUAACCUCUUUGUCUUAUGUCCGCUUUAGUGGUCCAAGGUGUGUGUGCGCGCGUGUGUGCUCGUGUCUAUGUGCAGGCGUUUACAGGAGUGUGUUCAUGUGCUCUAACUGAAUUACUGGCAUGGUACUCUGAACGUCUAAGGCCCACGUCUGAGUAAAUAACUGCUCUGUGUUUGCGCUUCUUCGUCCCGGUUAUUGGAGGAGGGGCACAUUUGUUUUGUUCACCUUAGCUGUUAGUUAUGGUUUGAUUACAUUUAUGUUUGAUACUUUCAUGCAAUUUUUAUUUUUUUUGAUUCGUAGUGUAGAGCUUUGUGGGUCCAGCCUAGAAGACCGUCACCUCCACAGAAACAGUGGCGACUCAGUUCUCUGAAAUCUGUUUUGCUGGAGACAUCACACGACGUGUGAUGCUACUUGCUAUUGAAUGUUUUAGCCAUUUUCAUGGUGGACGAAUUUUAUAUUUAUGCAGUUGUACAUUUUUUUUUUUUUUUUUUUUUUUUUUUUUUUUUUUUUCCAAAAGUGUAACGUAUGAAUCUAAUACCAAAGUCGCUGGUCAAUAAGUUUAAGAACAUCAGAGGCAAUGCAGUAUCCCGUGUAAUACAAUGUUUUAGUUGGUGUUAAAAAUACUUAAUUCAGUGUUGAAGAUCAAAACACUUGUCAGGAGUCUGCUCUUGUUACUUUAUUUAAUCUGCAUAAGGCUGGAACAAUAAACAGAAAAAUGAGAAAA